GGUCCACCUAUACUGGUGAACAUGGUCAACAUGAUGGAGCGCGUGAUGAACGACCUCGUGCCUCAGAUACCAAUCAUUGGCGAGCCGGAGCUUGCCGCUGGUCCGAUGCUACCCGGUCCUGUGAUUCCCGGUCCUGUCUUUCCCGGUCCUGAGAUUGCUGCACCCGACGAGGUCAGCAAAGAGAGCCGAAUCAACCAGUCCGCCGAGCCGCAGCCGGACGACGUGGCCAUUGAUAUCAAGGUGGUGCCGCUGGGCGGGCCCAGUUUGGGCCUGGGUGGUAUCAUCCUGCCGCUACCGCGAUUUCAGCGGGAGCCCGUUGCCUCGGCCUCCAAGGGAAAGGACAUGCUGAGAAAGAAGCACAACGCAACGAAACCUACAGCUGGUAGCGCUGAAUCGGAGCAUCGCAAGGUGGCCGUCCUAGAGGUGGUCCGGGAAAACAAAUCUCACCCAGUGCUGCUCCCCGUCUCCAAUAGCGACGUCAGCUCGAGUAAUGAAACCAACGAGAAACCGUCACCUUCCCCGUCUUCAAGCUCAGCAGCUUCCGAGCUCCCGUCUUCGUCGAAGUCAGGGUUACGUCUACGGUCGCCGGCGAAGUUGGCUCAACAGAAGCUGCAAGACGAGGACACACCGGUGGUGGCCGUCCAGGCAGAUUCGUUGGUGGCCUCAAGCCGCAGGGCACCGAAAGUUGAGAAGGUCUCGCAGUCGGAGCCCGGCAGAGUGGCUACCUUUGGUUCCAACAACACUGACCUGGCGUCCUCGUCCACCGAGACCGGAAUAGCGGCCGCCUGUUACGCCCUCUUUCUACGCCACGGGCUGCUGCUUCUGGUACUGGCCGUCGUUUGCGGCAUCUCUUGCCUCCUGGGUGCGCUGCUGCCCAUCUUUUGCAGAAGGCGGCGUGCACAGGUGUCUCAGUACCCGCCCAAGCGUCGCUUCAUCCCAGCGAGGAUCUUCACAGAUCCGCAGAUGAUGCGCAAGUUCCGCCGACGAGAGCACAUGGUGGCAUGAAACGGUCGACGCGCUGCUUGAACAA